AUGGGAAACCAAAACAGUUGCUGCUGUUACCGUAGCCCAUCACCUACCAGGAAGGAUAUCGUAAAAUUAGAAGAGUAUCCUCCUGAAGGAGACUUAAGUUCUAAUAAUAUACAGCACAUAAGUGAAAGAGAACCUGAUGAUGGAGAUAUUGACCCUUCCCAAGAUCCAGUAGCAGGUACAAUUUUUAUGGAAAGGUCUAAAGCAUCAAUCGAAAAUGGUAUGACUAGAAAACGUAGUCAACAUCAAAUUGCUGAUAAUAAGUUGAAGAAAAGCAGUUCCUGUUCAACAAUUUACUUAGAUGAUAGUACAGUAUCACAGCCUAAUUUAAAAAACACUGUUAAAUGUGUAGCAUUGGCUAUAUAUUACCAUAUAAAAAAUCGGACAUCUGAACGUAGAUUAGACAUAUUUGAUGAGAAAUUACAUCCCUUGAGCAAAGAAGCUGUCAGUGAUGAUUAUGAUAAAUAUAAUCCUGAGCAUAAACAAAUUUAUAAAUUUGUUAGAACUUUGUUUAAUGCUGCCCAGUUAACUGCCGAAUGUGCUAUUAUUACCUUGGUAUAUUUAGAAAGACUUCUUAUAUGUGCUGACCUAGAUAUUGCUCCUUCAAAUUGGAAAAGAAUAGUCCUGGGUGCAAUUUUACUAGCAAGUAAAGUUUGGGAUGAUCAAGCCGUCUGGAAUGUUGAUUACUGUCAAAUUUUAAAGGACAUUACUGUAGAGGACAUGAAUGAGUUGGAAAGACAAUUUCUUGAGAUGUUACAAUUUAACAUUAAUGUCCCGUCUAGUGUUUAUGCUAAGUAUUAUUUUGACUUGCGCACACUUGCUGAAGCUAAUGAUUUAGCUUUUCCCAGUGAGCCAUUAAGCAAGGAAAGAGCACAAAAGUUAGAGGCAAUGUCUCGCGUAAUGGAAGAUAAGAUAUCUGCUGAAAUAGUAAAGAAUGGUAUUAAAAAGUGGUCAAGCUUAGAUAACGUCAAUUCUGGAGCAGGUGUUAGGCGCAGUGUAGCCAUAUUGUCUUAA